AUGAAGUUCACCUCUAUCUUCGCCGCGGGCUUGCUGUCUGCUUCUGCUCUUGCCAAGCAAGCCCCUUACGAGUAUGAGCGCCUCGACAAGGACGAUGCUCUUCUCCUCGUGGUUGAUAUCCAGGAAGGUCUCUUCCAGUACACCCGAGAUUGGGAUCCUACUCUUUAUCACCACCAGUCUCUGGCCCAUGCUGCCAUUGGCAAGGCUUUCGACUUGCCUGUCAUCCUGACCACCUCUGCUGAUCAAGGUCCCAACGGUCCCCUCACGCGUGAGAUUCGCACAAUGUACCCCGACGCUCCCCUGGUCCAACGCCAGGGCCAAGUAAACGCCUGGGACAGCGAAGAAUUCCGCGACGCCGUCAAGGCAACCAACAAAUCGCAAAUCAUCCUCGCCGGUAUCGUGACCGACGUCUGCACCACCUUCCUUGCUUUAUCACUUCGCGAUGCAGGCUACUCCGUCUGGGCCAACAUCGAAGCUUCCGGUACCACCAGUGCUCUCAUCCGCGAUGUUUCCAACGAUCGCAUGCGCGAUGCUGGCGUGCAGGUUGUCAGUAUGUUCUCAAUUAUCUGUGAGCUUAUGAGGGACUGGAGGAACACUCCUGGCAGCAAAGAGCUUUACCCUUGGUUGGGACAGUACCUUCCUCUUGCUGGAUAUGUGGCUAGGGCACAUGCUGCGGCGAUUUCAAACGGCACUAUCUUUCCUGGUGAGGAGAGUUUGACUACUUAUCCUUAG